AUGUCUAACGACAAAAUUUCUCAAGCCGACCUAUUUCUUUUGGAGCGAUGGCAGGAAGACUCGCCGCUAGGCACGGAUGCCCAACGCGAACAGUUAUUUGAUGAAUUCGUCAAGCUCGGACUCCGCGGUCGUGUGCCAUACGCGACUCAGUUGAUGCAGGGUCGUAUUCAGUCUAGACAAGACCUUCCAGCGAAGAGUCAACAGCUGUUAGAUCGUAUCGGUCAAUCUGGUGUGGAGCGCGCAGCGUUACACUCAAUUGAUUACGUCUGUUGGCUCCGUACAUGUUACGACCCCUCGUCCGAAGAAAAAUGGGCUGAAAUAGAGGAUCGUAUAUUGUCUUUGGAUCCUUUCAAACCUGGAAUUUGCAGUGAUAGUGUCCUGUUCAAUUAUGGCUCAAGUUGGGAGAGAAUAUUCACUCGCCUGCCCCAACUUGUUGAGAUACGAAUGAAGCCAGAAGAGGCCGACGAACAUGAGCGAGAAUCCCAAGAUCUUUUACGAGAAGCGCUUGAAGAAGAGGCUUCCGACCCGGACCGUGCGAUAGAAAACGGCUAUGACCCCGAUGAGGAUGCAACUCCGUGGCAAUUCUUUUACAGCAGUUAUCAUAUGCACCAAGUCGUAGGUCGUCUCCAGAUCGUUGAUGCAACAACCUUUGCCUCUGAGGGACCUGAUGCAGGCAAUGUUCUUUUGGCCUUCUAUGAUGACUGUGGGCGAGUAGUCCGCUACUGCCGCGAAGAAUUCGAUCAUGCCGUGGAAUUACAAGGUCUGUCCCAUUUCGAGCUCGAUGACACGACACACUGGCCAACAGCAAGUAUCGGCCCGGCCUAUGAUCUUGGAGGGCCCAUGGGACCGCCUGAUCUGGACUCGGAAAGUAAUGAGGAGUCUACCGACUAG